AACUGGAACUCAUAAAGAAAACUAACUUCAUCUUGACCAUGUAACUUGAAACUCUUGCUUUGCUGUAGAAUCUAUAUAAUAUACCUGGAUUCUCAUCUAUCUGUAACCACAACAUUCACUCUGCAUUCCAUUUUCCGAUUUCUGCCUUUUCGCGCCGAUCACAAACUCAUCAACCUUUUACUUUCUACUCUAUCUUACCCAACAACCAACAACCAAUACCAAAAUGGCCAACAACACUGUCCGCGUCGGUGUGGCUGUCUUCGCCCUCAACCACGAAAAUAAAUUCGUCUUCGGGAAGAGGAUAGGCUCCCAUGGUGCAAACACAUGGGCGCUCCCCGGCGGUCAUAUCGAAUUCAACGAAUCCUUCGAAGAGUGCGCGAUCCGCGAACUGAAGGAAGAAACUGGCCUCGAUAUCGAGAAUGUGCAAUUCCUCACUGCGACUAAUGAUAUUAUGCCCAAGGACGGGAAGCACUAUGUUACUGUCUUUGUAGGCGCGAGGGUUAAGGAGGGACAGGAGCCCGAGAUUCUGGAACCACACAAGUGUGCCGAGUGGCGCUGGGUUGGAUGGGAGGAGCUGAGGGGGGACUGGGAGAAGCAGGUCCAGGCUGAUAAGGAGGGGAGGGAGACGGAGGGAAAGCACCUUUUUAUUCCUAUUUUGAGUCUGUUUGAGCAGCGACGUGGGUUUGAGCCUGCGCUCUUUGAAUAGACAGAAGACCUUAAUGAUUACGAUGGGAGGAAGCUUUGCAUUUCAUGCGCAUACAUAAGGCACGAAGAUGAGCAUACUAACUUGUCAUCGCUGGCGAUUUAUUUUAGUUGGUUUUUUUUUUAUGAAAUGAAAUCACAUACGAAUUAUUUACAGAAAGACCGUAUU